CUCCGGUUAUAUGAGAUAGUUACAAUCCUUCUCUCAAAUCGUUCGGAUAAAAGAUAGGUUGAGCAAAAAUUUAUCUUUUUAAAAAGUUUCAAAUCAUCUUGCAAUCGGAUAAACGCAUAUCUGUUUAUAAAUAAGUUCGUCGUGUAGAAAACAAAAUUGUGUGAUCGAGAAAUUAAAACAAUUUAGAUUUCAUUUGUUUGUGUCGAAUUUGUAUUAAUUAUGGCACCGACAAUGGACUUACUUUGGGAUUCUAAAUCUACCGUCGACUUGACUAUUAACGGUAACCCAUACACAGUAUCCGAGGAUGUCCCACCUAAUACGACUCUAAACGUUUUUAUUAGAGAAUAUGCGAAAUUACGUGGUACAAAAGCUAUGUGUCACGAAGGUGGUUGUGGUGCUUGUAUCGUUGCUGCCACAAUAAGAGGAGAAACAAUGGCAGUUAAUUCUUGUCUUGUACCUAUUUUUAUAUGCAACGGAUGGGCGAUCGAGACUAUCGAAGGUAUAGGUAAUAGAAUGAAAGGGUAUCAUCCUAUACAAACAACCUUGGCAGCAAUGAAUGGAUCACAGUGUGGAUAUUGUUCAGCUGGCAUGGUGAUGAAUCUUUACAGUCUCUUGAAGGACAAGAAACAUACAAUGAAAGAAAUCGAGAAUUCAUUUGGUAGUAAUAUUUGCCGAUGCACGGGUUACAGACCAAUAUUAGAUGCAUUCAAAUCUUUUGCUUCUGAUGCAUCACCCAAGUUAGUGGAGGCCGUUCAAGAUAUCGAAGAAUCGUAUAAAAUAAAAAUGUGCCCAAAAAAUGGUAUGCCUUGUAAAAAUGGAGAAAAUGGGCGAAUUUGUAGUCUGCAAAAUUCAACCCCUGUCUCGAUGAAAUUGGAAGACGCAGACUUCCACAAAGUACUUUCGGUCGAUAAUCUAUUCUCAACGUUUCAGAAAUAUUCGAAUUCUACUUAUAUACUGAAUGGUGGAAAUACGGCUCACGGUGUCUAUAGAAUUGUUAAACCAGAUCUUUAUAUCGACAUAAACGAUAUACCUGAUUUACGUCGAAUAGAAAAAACUGAAAAUUCUUUGAUACUUGGCAGCAAUGUGUCCCUCACGGUGGCAAUGAACACUUUCGAGAAAUAUUCAAAAGAUGAUGGCUUCCAAUAUUUACGUCAUUUGGCUCAUCAUAUUGAUUUAAUUGCAAGUGUGCCAGUCCGAAAUAUCGGUAGCAUAGCUGGUAAUCUCAUGAUUAAACACGCACACCAUGAAUUUCCAUCGGAUUUAUUCCUCAUACUACAAACUGCUGGUGCACGCAUACACAUACUCGAAAGUCCUGGAAAUAAGAUAGACAUGAAUUUGCUACAAUUUCUUGAAAGUGAUAUGAGACACAAGAUUAUAUACAGUAUUGUUCUUCCAACUCUCGGUAGCUCUUACGAAUUUAGAUCCUACAAGAUUAUGCCAAGAGCUCAGAAUGCCCAUGCCCAUAUUAACGCUGGUUUUUUAUUUAAAUUGGAUGGAAAUGGAAUAGUUUUAGAAAAACCCAACAUACUAUUCGGUGGAAUUCGACCAGAUUUUAUGCAUGCAGAAAAUACUCAAGAAUUUCUACUUAACAAAUCCAUAUUCGACAAGAACGUUAUCAAAUCUGCUAUCGACGUAUUGGACAAAGAAUUAAAUCCUGAUCACAUUCUGCCUGAUUAUUCUCCUGAAUUUAGAAAAACGUUGGCUGAAGGAUUAUUUUACAAGUUUAUAUUAAGUAUAAGAUCAGAAAACAUUGAUUCAAAACUUCGAAGCGGUGGGACAAUUUUAGAACGCGAAUUAUCAUCUGCUAAACAAGAUUUCAAUACGGAUAAAAAUAUUUGGCCACUGAACAAACCUAUUGCAAAAAGGGAAUCCAUUUAUCAGACCUCGGGAGAGGGACAAUACGUCAAUGAUAUAAUGCCUUUAAAAGACGAGGUUUUUUGUGCUUUCGUCUCAACUGAAGUGGCUAGUGGUAAAAUUGAAAAUAUCGAUGCUUCGAAAGCUUUGGAAAUGAAAGGAGUGGUGGCUUUUUAUACAGCAAAAGAUAUUCCUGGAAAAAAUAUAUUCAUCUCAAGUUCCAGUAAGCUGCAGAUGCUCAAUGAAGAUGAACUGCUAUUCGCGGAAGAUAAAAUUUCAUAUGCUGGACAACCAGUUGGAAUAAUAGUCGCAACUACUCAUGCUCUUGCAAAUGAAGCUGUAAAAAAAGUAAAAAUAACGUACACUGAUGCAUUGAAAACGAAACCAAUAAUAACCAUCGACGAUGCUUUAGCUUCUAAUGAUAAAACCAGGAUUUUCCAAACUGUGAAUGUUUCUGCCAAAAAUAAAGGUAAAAAUACGAAACACGUUAUUAAAGGCUCCUUCUCUCUUGGUCCUCAAUAUCAUUACACUAUGGAAACUCAAUCUUGCGUUUGCAUUCCGAUUGAGGAUGGUAUGGACGUUUUCGCAGCAACUCAAUGGAUGGAUCUUACUCAAGUUUCAAUUGCUCUUUGCCUAGGAGUUCAAAAUAAUAGCAUCAACAUUAGUGUAAGACGUUUGGGUGGUGCGUAUGGAUCAAAAAUUUCUCGAGCUACUCAAAUAGCUUGUGCAUGUGCUCUUGCAUGUCACAAACUUAAUCGACCAGCAAGACUCAUUAUGUCAAUCGAAAGUAAUAUGAUGAGCAUAGGCAAGAGAGUUCCAACCAAACAGGAUUACGAAAUCGGCGUGAACAAUAAAGGACGUAUUCAAUAUUUAAAUUCUAAUCAAUGGAGCAAUCUAGGUUGUUCUUUUAAUGAAGUGCAUGCACCAAUUGUAAUGCAUCAUAUGGAAAGCUGUUACGAUGCUACUAGAUGGACUUGCAAUGGUUACGAAGUUAAAACUGAUGUUCCAUCCAACACUUACGCUAGAGCACCAGGAUCUACCGAAGCAAUAGCUUUAAUAGAAAACAUAAUGGAACAUAUAGCUGCAGAAUUAAACAAAGAUCCUACAGAAGUUAAAUUGAUUAACAUGAAUGCAGAGGAUAAAGCUGUGUUAGAACCAAUGAUAGCAGAUUUGAAAAAAUCUGCUGAUUACGAUUCGAGGAAAAGAACAGUCGAAAUGUUUAAUAAUGAAAAUCGUUGGAAAAAGAAAGGAAUGGCAUUGGUACCAAUGAAGUAUCCUCUCAUGUAUUGGGGACAAUUUAAUGCUAUGGUUAGCAUUUAUGCACGUGACGGAACUGUCUCUGUUUCCCAUGGUGGAACUGAAUGCGGACAGGGUAUUCACACAAAAAUUUCUCAAGUAGCAGCAUAUAUUCUCGGUAUAGAUUUGGAACUUGUUAAAGUGAAACCCAGUGAUAAUUUCACUGCUCCUAAUAAUUCUGUCACAGGUGGAAGUAUCACAAGUGAAUCUUGUGCAUACGCAACUAUGAUGGCCUGCAAAGAACUUCUGGCAAGAUUAGAGCCUAUUAAGCAGGAAUUAAAAAAUCCUACUUGGCAGGAAUUAGUUAUGGCAGCAAAUAUGAAGGACGUUGAUCUAUGUGCUCGUUACAUGUUUACAGCGAAAGAUGCAACACCUUACAAAAUUUAUGGUGUAACUAUUGCAGAGGUUGAAAUUGACGUACUUACAGGACAACAUCUUAUACAAAGAGUUGAUCUGUUAGAAGAUACUGGUGUCAGUCUUAAUCCUGAGAUUGACUUAGGUCAAGUAGAAGGUGCUUUCAUCAUGGGAAUUGGAUAUUGGACUUCUGAAGAUUUGAUUUACGAUCCGAAAACUGGCGCAUUAACGAAUUAUAGAACUUGGAAUUACAAACCUCCUGGCGCUAAAGACAUUCCAGUUGAUUUUAGAGUUUCAUUUAGAAGGAAUACACCGAAUCGAUUAGGUGUAUUACGUUCUAAAGCAACUGGCGAACCUCCAUUGUGUAUGAGUUGUGUAAUUCCUUUUGCUAUUCGGCAAGCUUUAAAUUCAGCUAGAUCAGAAACUGGAAAAUCUGGCUGGUAUCAGCUAGAUGGUCCUGUGACAACAGAAAAAAUUCUUCUAACUAGUUUAACUAAUAAACAACAAAUGGUCUUAGAAGUUUAAUUGUAGUAGUGAUAUAUAAAAAUAAAGUAAUAUUUUUAAACAUAAAGAAUAGAUGUGCAUUAAAAAAAUAUUUUCACUUGUAUACACAUGUGUUUAUAAUAAGCUGUAGUGAAACAAUAAAGUUUAGAACAGGGCGUAUAUAUUCAAUAAUAUUUUGUACAAAACAAUGAAGAAUAAAUAUAUAACUUUGGUUGUUUGUUGGCCUUAA